AUGUCGCUUCAGCAAAAUGGACUGUGCAGCAUAGGCUGCCUGAGCAUGAGAGCCCCAGCCCAGGCUUCACCGGCUGCCACGCCAGCGAGGGCCGCCCACACUUUUACAGGAGCCACCGGCGAGUUCGAUCCUCAGAAGUACGAAAGACCUUCGAUGAAGCAAGACGAGAUCGCCGCACUCAAGAGACUGUUCGACGCCUGCGAUACAGAAGGCACAGGGCAAAUCCAUCUGCGUGAUCUGAAGCAUCGCAUGCAUAAUGCAGGAUAUGAGUCGAGGGGCGACGUAAUCGGCGAGAUGCUGAGCCACUUGGAUCGCGAUGGCCGAACGAGCCUCAACUUCAAACAGUUCCUUGAUUUACUGACAACUGACGAGACGCCGUACAAAACCCCGGAGGACAUCUCCCGCACCUUCAGUCAGUUCGAUCCGGAAGGCACGGGGUUCAUCACUCACAAGAUGUUGGCUCGAACCGCGCGGGAACUGAACAUGACGCCUAACCCGGAUAUUAGCGAGAUUUUGGAACGAACCGACGCAGACAAUGACGGGAAAAUUGGCAAAGAUGAGUUUCACAACGUCAUGGACAAGCAAACCUUCCCUUAG